CCUGUGACGUUUUACUCAAGUGUUGAGCAAUGGAGGCAGCAUGGUAAACAUUGAAGCUAGCAAGCAAUGGCCCGACGGUCAGUUAUCGACUGCUGCACCAAGGGGACCUCUGACGACGCCCCCUCUACCAGCCGGGUGGUCAACAUAACCGAGCCCUUCACCCAAACACAGAUGGGGGUACACGAGAAAAUCGACGCUGAGUACCACAAGUUCAUGGUGAGCGAGAACAUGGUUGCCUUCCAGAGCGCCGCCCUGGACUUCCAGAACUACUUCCUGGCUGACGUCUUGCUCGACCUGAGGGUACCGAGAUUCUCCAAGCUCAAGGACUAUCACGUGAUUGAGAAGUUGUACUAUGAAAGGACCGGCACCUUCCAGCCAUCUUCAUGGAAACAUUACGACCCAGACAACUUUGAGACGGUGGCCGCAGGGUUUGCCCGGGCGACCACGGGUAAGAUUGACCUUGUGAUCCACAAAGAGUCCAGGUACUUGGGUGUCCACAAGAAGAUGAACUCCCACCAUGAGACUGACUCGAUGACGGAGUUCAAUAUCCUCAACAUCUGUAGGGACUCUCCCUUCAUCAUUAAAGUCAUUGACGGCUUUCAAAAUGAUGAGUUCUCAGUGAUCAUGACAGAGUACGCUCCGUUCCUAACCCUCGACCACCUGACACAGAGGAUGAAAGGGAUCGCCUACAACGACGCUAGACUGUACGGCUUGGAAUUGUUGAUGGCACUGGAGUAUCUUCAUGACAGGAACAUUAUUCACAGAGACAUCAAACCUGAGAAUGUCUACAUCCUACUCUCUGGGCACAUCGCACUGGGAGACUUGGGCUCAGCCCUCCAACUCCAGGACGAGGAGACUGCACAUGGUUUGUGCGCGACAUACGUCACCAGACCACCUGAAGUUUGGAAAGGUCUUCGCUACGGGUCGGCUGUUGAUAUGUGGUGCUUUGGGAUCACUCUGUACAACAUCAUAUCCAACACGUGGCCCUUUCUCUCCCCUGUGAAAAAGAAGCAAAUGGAGAAAGUCAAUAAAGAUUCACCACGGUUCGAUUAUAAGUUCAAUGACGAAUCGAUCAGACUGAUUGAAUGGCUACUCCAAAAAGACCCCAGCAAAAGGCCGACGUGCAAGGAGAUCAUGUUACACAGCUACUUCUUCUCUCUGGUGGAGCCCUACAAACCACCCUACUCCACUGAAGCUCUCAUGGAAGCUUACAGUAAUGUCAGUGAAUAUGAGAUCAUCAAAGAGCUGCUGGUCUGUGAUGGCAUCAAACAGAGCCUCUCCACAGAGCUUGAGUAGACAGUGGCUACACCAGUUUUUGUGUACAAGGCUACAGGCUACACCAGUUCUUGUGUACAAGGCUACACCAGUUCUUGUGUACAAGGCUACAGGCUACAUCAGUUCUUGUGUACAAGGCUACAGGCUACAUCAGUUCUUGUUAUGUUUUCUCCACAAAUAACAAGCCAAUGUUGUUGUUGCCAUUUUUGUUGGUUGAAAUAAAAGUUUUAAAUUGUU